AUCCGGAAGCGUGAGGUUUAUAAACAUAAUCUCGUGUGUACGUCACAAAUUGAAAUAAGAUAACAUUUUCCUUCAGUUUUGGUUUAAAAUGACCUCAAUGCUUAAAUAUAAAAUUUCUUAUGACAGCUUUGGGAAAAAUCGUCAUCAGUCUGUUUUGAAAACCAACAGUUCAAGUUCAAGGUGAAACUCAGAGACUGUGUGAAGAUGCCUGCUCGAAACACAAUCAACAGUGGAGUGAAAUACUCCAAACUGGCCAGUGAUGACGAUGGAUACAUUGAUCUCCAGUUUAAGAGGAGCCCACCCAAAGUCCCCUACAAAGCCAUUGCCUUGGCAACGGGUCUCUUCCUCAUCGGCUCCAUACUGAUCAUCAUCGGAGCACUCCUGUUAGCUGGAUACUUUGAAGUUAAUGAUCAUCGUGACCGCACCAUUCCAGUCCUCGUUAUCGGAAUCCUUGUGUUCCUCCCUGGAUUUUACCACCUGCGAAUCGCCUACUACGCCUUCAAGGGUUACCGCGGUUAUUCCUACGAUGACAUCCCUGACUUUGACUGAGCACACGGGGACGUCCUGUCAGCCUGCUGAUGUGACACAGAGAUCUGAGACUCAUUUGCAUGAAGAGAGAGAGAGAGAGAGAGAGAGAGAGCUACACUUAUACUGACGUCUGCCACAUCUGUAUGACACUACAGACUCAUAUUUUAAAAUGUCAUGGACUGGGAAAGUUCUUGAACUAGUAUAAUCAGUUAUAUUACAUGCAAUCAAAAGCAUUUUAGGGAGAGUUCACCCAAAAUGUAAGGCUCAAUACCAUCGUAUUUUUAGGUAACCUAUCCAUUUAUCUGUGUCUUGCUGUGGUUUCUUCCAAUCUGAAGCAGAGAGAACAUGUUUUUAAUUACCACAAACAAAUUGCAGAUGUGUACAUGCAAGUUUACCAUGUUUAAAUCUCAUGCCAAUAGAUUUAACUUAUUUUCAUGGAUGUAAAUUAUUUCCGGUGGAGAGAAUGAUUAAUGAUUAAAUCAUUUGUUUCA